CUCUCAGAAAGAGUUGACUUACCGAGAAACCGACAUACAUCUAUUUUUGGAUUGUUGAUUUUACAUAAAUUGCUGUAUGGCCACUGUUAUGAAUUUCUACCCAGAUCAGGCUUGUAAUGGGGUAGAACUACUGGAUUUGCUGUUUGAUCAGAACGAUGGCAUAUUGUGCCAUGAGGACAUGCGGCAUCAAAACAACCAGCCACAGCCAGUGCAAGACCCAAACAUGAUGAUGCCCAUCCAGGGCGGGGAGGACUUCCUCAACACCCUGCUGAGUGGGACUGACUCUGUCACUGGAUCUCCUUUAUGGCCACCUUCUCCAAGUGAUAGUGGAAUUAGUAAUGACCCUCAGUCUGAUCAGAUCGACAGCCCUUCACCUCCCAGAAGCCCACCUCUGGAGACAGGCUAUAUCCAUCCAUAUCCACAUAAUGCUCAAGCUCCAGUUUCCACACUCCCUGUCCAUUUCAAUGGCUGGGGGUCUGGUAUUUUGCUGGAGAGGUCGGUAGAGAUGCAGCACGCAUCUAAAGUGACCCAAGCUCACCCAGCAGCUGUGUUCCCACUCACCAUUAAAGAUCUGCUGCUGUCUGGCACUCCAGAGACUCCUCCACAGGCAUCACAGCAGUCCUGCCAGGAGCUGGUUCUCAAUGAUGAUGAGAAGAAGCUACUUGUCAAAGAGGGAGUGACUCUGCCAGGUCAACUUCCUCUUACCAAGUUUGAGGAACGAAUUCUAAAGAAAAUUCGCAGAAAGAUUCGCAAUAAGCAGUCUGCCCAGGAGAGCAGGAAGAAGAAAAAAGAAUACAUAGAUGGACUGGAGAGCAGGAUGGCAGCCUGCGGUGCCCAGAACCAAGAGCUGCAAAGGAAGGUUUUCCAGCUGGAGAAAUGCAACAUAUCUCUGAUGGAGCAGCUGCGUCGGUUGCAGGCCAUGGUUAUGAAUGGAUCCAACAAACCGGCCCAGGCUGGGACCUGCAUUCUGGUUCUACUGCUGUCGUUCACAUUGAUUCUGCUGCCCAGUUUGAAGCCCUUCACCGAUACCAAGCUCAGCCAGCCCGGAGACUUCAGCCCACUGAGAGUUCAGUCACGGUCCCUGCACAGCCUGCAGUCCUCCCGGGUGAUGCAUGCCCUUAAGCAUCCAUACACAGCGCAGUCUCUUCCUGCUUUUCCUGAAGAUAAAGAAAUGGAUGAAGUAAAAUCUCUAAUAGAGAAAUUUCACAGAGGACCAAGACUGGCUUAUUACAACCUAGGAUCCCAAAACUCCAGCCUGGACAAGCAUAAUGACCAUAACCAUGGUGACCCCAUUACUGGCCACAUAGCAACAGUGACCUUAAGCCCGCGGCGUGAAGCAAGACUCCAGCCAAAUGCCGAUGACAUGUAGAGGGCAGAGAGGGAUUUGGGGCAGGAUAUCUGCAAACUCCUGACCCCCUGUGGUUUUACACAGUAAGUCCACUGCCAUCAAAGCCAUAAAGACUUUUUGCUCACAAAACUAAGAAGAAGCAGUUAAAACGUUCUUACAUGAAGAUUAAGCACAUGUGUACGCUUAUUGGAAUCUAAGAUGAACUGAUAUUCUGCACUCCAACUGUAGACUGAGGAAAUGUGAAGGGCAGAUGGGGGAUUUGCAGCAGGAUUUCCCAAACCUUUCAACAACAAAAUCCACAGUCAGCAAUGAAAUGAAGUUUUUUUUGCCCUUUAUCUUUAAUAACACUGAUAUUGUCUACGUUGGUGAAACCUGAAAUCAGCUGAUAUGUGGAUAUAUGUUGGUCAUGUUAAAGGAAAGGAGUGAUCCACCAAAAAUCAUUUUAAAUCAUGUAUUCACUAAAACAAAACACACAGUACUUUAUGUACUUUAUGUUGUUAUUAAACAUUAUUUACAUUUAAUGACUACUCAUUCACAGUCUAGGCAGAAAAAGUUUGCUGACCUCUGGGCUAAUACCUGACUUGAGAUGCUGCAAUUAAACGUAUUAGAUUUGAUGUGUUUCAAAACAAAACAUAGAUGACCAUAGAAAAAGAAUACAUUGCAUUAAGUUGCAGUGAUGUAAAUGACCUGAGUUUUUAUCAGUGAACAAUAAUAAAUUAUCUACCAACAAAAGAAUUCGGUACUAAAGUACUAAAAUUAAACAUGCUGGAAGGUCAUCAGUUCACAAGGUUAUAUCAAACACAGUCAUGGACAAUUUUGUAUCUCCAAUUUACCUCACUUGCAUGUCUUUGGACUGUGGGAGAAAACCGAAGCUACUGGAGGAAAUCCACGUGGACAUGGGGAGAACAUGCAAACUCCACACAGAAAGAACCCGGCCCGCCCCACCUGGGGAUCUUUUCCUAAUAAGCAAUUCUUUAAAGCAAGAAUCAUAGAAAUACAUCACAAAGGAAACCACUGCUCUCUUCAAAAACCCAUUCAAGUGAUCGCUUUGUUGAUUCAUAACAGUCUGUGUAUAAAUGAUUAAAAAUUUUAUUUUUGGCAAAAAAAAAAAAAAAAAAUACUCUACACUACGUUUUGGGGAAAUGGCAACUGUAAAGACUGGUGGAUGGUGGCACAGAGUUUGGAACUGUUUUUCUGCAUCAGGCCCCUGGACAUCUUGAAAGAAAAAAACCACAGGAAAAGAUCUGGAAAGUGGUCAGUCAGUUAAAGCUUUAUGUAAAUGCAAGAAUGCAACAAGCCAAAAAAAAAACAAAAAAAAAAACAUUCAUCCCAAACACAUAAAAAACAAAAAAAUGUGAACAAAAUGUUUUGAAAUAACCAAGUCAAAGUCUAAAGUCUAACCAUAUGUGGCAUGACCUAACAUGAAGUGUUCAUGCAAGAAAUCCUACAAUGGUAUGAAAAUCCACAUCAUUAUUGUACAUCAAGUCCCGGCUUAGUUUUGCAGCACAAAGACUAUUUUGUAAUAGUAGAGAAAUCAUCACAUUUAACACUUUCUGUCGGUUAAGGUGAUCUUAACUUUAUGAUGCUUGGCAGUCUUGCCAAUGAUUAGCAAAUCAUUUUCCAGCUUGGAUUGUAAAUGAUUAAUCAGUGUGUUCAGUAAAAGCGUGUAUGUGUACAUUAUUAUUAUUACUUGGAUAAAGAUCAGAUGAGUAAUUAAUGCUAAAUGCCAGGCAAUUCAAUCACAAAGUUAACAAAUAUUUUUGCACAUUUACCUGGAACAGGCUUCCCUUUAAUCAUACAUUAUAAAAUGGUGUAUAGUAUUUGAUGAUUUGCAAUUUAAUGCAGUGUAAAUAUUGUAACUGUCUGUAGCUCAAGCACUUUAUGCAACUUGUAUUAUGAUGUGUUUAAUAAACUCUUUUUAACUUGG